GCUAUUCCACACUGAUUCUAAUACAAAAUUAGCAAUCAUUUAUUGUUUCUGCUGCUUCCUCAGAUCUAUUAUACAGACAUGAAGGAUAACUCCUCCAAACUUAUUGUUUUCUUGCUUAUAAGCUUCGUUUUCUUGAAUCACCUCCUUGUGUCCUCACAACUUGAUUAUAGAUUCUAUGAUGACUCGUGUCCCAACCUAACAAGGAUUGUCAGAUAUGGCGUCUGGAUGGCAGUUUCUAAUGAUACUAGGAUGGCUGCUUCUCUCUUACGCCUUCAUUUUCAUGAUUGCUUUGUCAACGGCUGUGAUGGAUCAUUGUUGCUUGAUGACACUAGCUCAUUUAAAGGGGAGAAAAAUGCAUUGCCAAAUAUGAACUCAGUUCGAGGCUAUGAGGUCAUUGAUGAUAUUAAGGCUGUUUUAGAGAGAGUCUGCCCAUCUGUCGUGUCAUGCACUGAUAUAGUGACUCUAGCAGCUAGAGAGGCUGUCUACCUUGCUGGAGGACCCUUUUGGCCCAUUCCACUCGGUCGGCGAGAUGGCACGACAGCAAGCGAGAGUGAAGCCAAUCAGCUGCCAUCACCGUUGGAGCCAUUGGAGAAUAUCAUUGCAAAAUUCACUUCAAAAGGGCUUGAUGUAAAGGAUGUUGUUGUGCUCUCAGGUGCACACACUUUCGGGUUAGCUCGGUGCAUGAUGUUCAAGCAUAGACUGUUCAACUUCGAUGGCUCUGGCAAUCCUGACCCAGAACUAGAUGUCAUGCUGCGACAGAAUUUACAGAGCGUCUGUCCCAAUCAUGAUGACUCCAACGACAAACUGGCCCCCUUGGACACGUACACGAUCAGCAGGUUUGACAAUGUGUAUUACAGAAACUUGGUGAACAAGUUGGGACUUUUGCAGUCAGACCAAGCUCUAAUGAAACACAACACAACUGCUCCGUUGGUGGUGAGCUACAGCAGGUACCCAUACCUGUUUAACAGGGACUUCGGAGCAUCAAUGGUGAAGCUGGCCAAUACUGGAGUCCUUACAGGCCAAAAUGGGGAAAUUAGGAAGAAUUGCAGGGUGGUGAACUAGAAGAUGAUAUGCUUUUUGUAAAUUAAACCAAACUCAACUCUCUUUCAAUAAUAAAAUGGCUGUUGGCAAGUGUUGUUGAUGA